UGUGUGUUUUCUUAUGGGAUGUGUGUUUCUUACAGGGUGACGUGACGCCCACAGUGUGGAAGUGGUGUAGUGUGGAUUUACGAAUUAUUGGAGGGUCUGGUGGGAAGCGCCAAGGUGGAGGUAUUUGGGAGGAACCAGCAGAGUCUGGCGCCUCUUUUUGUGGUUGCGGUACUUUGGUGGGGAGUCGUUUAAACGGUCCCUACUCACCAGAAGCAAAAGAAGCGAUUGCAGGAGAAAGAAGUUACAGGAUUUGGUAUCAGCAUUACUGGGGACCUGCUUGAUUGAAGUCAGGUUUCAGAACAGAAAUUUAGAGCAGAUCCAGGAGACAUAACGACAGAGCCUCCCUGUUGCCAGCUGUUGUCAGAGAACAGGAGGAAAUGAUCCAGGCCCAGGAGACCCUCACAUUUGACGAUGUGGCCGUGGACUUCACGUGGGAGGAGUGGCAGCUCCUGGCCCCUCCUCAGAAGGCCCUGUACCGGGACGUGAUGCUGGAGAACUACAGCAACCUGCUGUCCAUGGGUUUUCAAGCCAGCAAACCAGAUGUACUCUCCAAGUUGGGUCAAGGAGAACAGCCAUGGAUGAUGGAAGAUGAAAUCCAGUGUCGAACCCGUUCAGAAGUCUGGAAAGUUGAUGAUGACCUGCUGGAGCACUCACAAAAUGAGAGCAUGGAGAAGGGACUAGAAAAAUGGCACCAACAGAACCCACUGGAAAAGUCUGUUCAUCAGAGAAGAACUCAUUUUCUGUUCAGGCAAAAUCAUGAUAUGUUUGACUUACAUGGAAAAAGUACGAAAUCAGAUUUAACUUUACUUCCCCAGAGCAGGAGCUAUGAAAUGAAGAGCCCUGCUGAGCUUACUGGAGAUGGGAAAUCCUGUCUCUAUGCUAACAAUGAACAAUUUCAUUCUGAAAUUAAAUUCCCCGAAAGCCAAAAACCCAUCAGCUCUAAGACCCAAUUCAGCAAGCAUCAGAAAACCCCCAAAAUAGAGAAGCCUCAUGUAUGUGGUGAAUGUGGGAAAGCUUUCAUCAAGAAGUCUUGGCUCAGUGAUCAUCAGAUAAUUCAUACAGGAGAGAAGCCCCAUCAAUGUAAUCUUUGUGGGAAAGCAUUCUCUAGAAAGUUCAUGCUCACUGAACAUCAGAGAACACAUACAGGAGAGAAACCUUAUGAAUGCACUGAAUGUGGCAAAGCCUUCCUCAAGAAAUCACGGCUCAAUAUACAUCAGAAAACACAUACAGGGGAGAAACCGUAUAUAUGCAGUGACUGUGGAAAAGGCUUCAUCCAGAAGGGAAAUCUCAUUGUACAUCAGCGAAUUCACACAGGCGAGAAACCUUAUAUAUGCAAUGAAUGUGGAAAAGGCUUCAUCCAGAAGACAUGCCUCAUUGCACAUCAGAGAUUUCACACAGGAAAGACUCCUUUUGUGUGCAGUGAAUGUGGAAAAUCCUGUUCCCAGAAGUCAGGUCUCAUUAAACAUCAAAGAAUUCACACAGGAGAGAAACCCUUUGAAUGCAGUGAAUGUGGGAAAGCCUUCACUACAAAGGAAAAGCUCAUUGUCCAUCAAAGAACUCAUACAGGAGAGAGACCCUAUAUCUGCAAUGAGUGUCGGAAAGCUUUUGCCUACAUGUCUUGCCUUGUUAAACAUAAGAGAAUACACACAAGAGAGAAAAGUGGAGAUUCAGUCAAGGUGGAAAAUCCUCCCUUAGAGAGUCACAGCUCCUCACAGACUAGUGAUGCCAUGCAGGAGAAAAUCCGUGUUAAUUCAAUGACUAUGCAGGUGCCUUCUUUGGCCCCUCAGACAUCAGUCAACAUCAGUGAACUCCUAGCAAAUAGGAAUGUAGUCAUAAUGGGACAACCUGUGGCCAGAUGUGCACCCGUAGGAGAUAACAGAGGGUUUGCACAAGAGAGAACCCUUAUGAAUGCACGGAAUGUGGUUGUGCCUUCAGUAGUCAAUUACGUCUUAUUUUAUGUCACAGGAAACCACUCUGAGGAUACUGUGGUGACCAAACCAGAAAAAGCCCAUGAUCUCCUGGAGAGAGCUUUGAGGUCUUUCCUGGCUUCUGGUCUCCCGCCCCGAAAUCCUCCCGUUUGCCUUCUGUACGUCACGUGUCCCAACAUGGCCACCCCCUGGGGCCGCGGGGAGCUGGGCGCGGACAUAUUGCCUCUCCAGGAAAUCCCGUCGUCAGCGUUUCCUCAAACACCGCAUAUCCACUUCGGCUACCGUAGGCGGAGCCGGGCCAGUCUAGAAGUAGGAACAGUUCACGGAAGUACGACGUUUAGGCUCCUUGUUGGUCUGGGGAAGAUCAGAGAACAGAAGAAAAUGAUCCAGGCCCAGGAAACCCUGACAUUUGAUGAUGUAGCCGUGGACUUCACGUGGGAGGAGUGGCAGCUCUUGGCCCCUCCUCAGAAGGCCCUGUACCGAGACGUGAUGCUGGAGAACUAUAGCAACCUGCUGUCCGUGGGUUAUCAAGCCAGCAAACCAGACAUACUCUCCAAGUUGGGUCAGGGAGAACCAUGGACAAUGGAAGAUGAAAUCCACUAUCGAACCCAUUCAGAAAUCUGGAAAGUUGAUGAUCACCUGUUGGAGCACUUACAAAGUGAGAGCAUGGAGAAGAGACUAGAAAAAUGGUACCAACAGAACCCAUUGGAGAAUUCUGUUCAUCAGAGAAGAACUCAUUUUCUGUUCAGGCAAAAUCAUGGUAUGUUUGACUUACAUAGGAAAAGUAUGAAAUCACACUUAAACUUGCUUUCUGAGAGCAGGAGCUAUGAAAUGAAGAGCCCUGCUAAGCUUACUGGAGAUGGGAAAUCCUGUCUCCAUGCUGACAGUGAACAAUUUAGUACUGAAAUUAAAUUCCCCGAAAGCCAAAGACUCAUCACCUCUAAGUCCCAACUCAUCAAGCAUCAGAAGACUCAAAAAAUAAAGAAAUCUCAUGUAUGCGGUGAAUGUGGGAAAGCUUUCAUCAAGAAGUCUUGGCUCACUGAUCACCAGAAUCUUCAUACAGGAGAGAAGCCCCACCGAUGUAAUCUAUGUGGGAAAGCCUUCUUCAGAAAGUUCAAGCUCACUGAACACCAGAGAACGCAUACAGGAGAGAAACCUUAUGAAUGCACUGAAUGUGGCAAAGCCUUCCUCAAGAAAUCAGGGCUCAACGUACAUCAGAAAACCCAUACCGGAGAGAAACCAUUUAUAUGCAGUGAGUGUGGAAAGGGCUUCAUCCAGAAGGGAAAUCUCAUGGUACAUCAGCGAAUUCACACAGGCGAGAAACCCUAUAUAUGCAAUGAAUGUGGAAAAGGCUUCAGCCAAAAGACAUGCCUCACAGCACACCAGAGAUUUCACACAGGAACAACUCCCUUUGUAUGUGGGGAAUGUGGAAAAACGCUUUCCCAGAAGACAGGUCUCAUUAAACAUCAAAGGACUCACACAGGAGAGAAACCCUUUGAAUGCAGCGAUUGUGGGAAGGGCUUUAUUGAGAAGCCACAGCUCAUUAUACAUCAGAGAAUCCAUACAGGGGAGAAACCCUAUAGAUGCAGUGAAUGUGGGAAAUCCUUCAGAGGGAAGUCAGUCCUCAAUAAACAUCAGAAAACGCAUUCAGUCAAGGUGGAAAAUCCUCCCUCAGAGAAUCACAGGUCCUCACAGAGUGGUGUUGUCCUUCAAGAGAAAAACCUGAAUACAGUAACACUGCAGGUGCCUUCUGUGGCCCCUCAGACAUCAGUCAGCAUCAGUGGGCUCCUAGCAAAUAGGAAUGUAGUCAUAGUGGGACAGCCUGUGGCCAGAUGUGCACCCACAGGAGAUAACAGAGGGUUUGCACAAGAGAGAACCCUUACAAAUGCAGUUAAUGUGGUUGUGCCUUCAGUGGUCAAUUAUAUUUUAUUUUAUGUCACAGGAAACCUGUAGGAAAAAAACUCAUUCUCUGAGGGAAAAGGUUGAGUGAAAUUUCUAACUCAUAUGGUGGCUAAAAAAUAUACUCUGAGAGAAACCGUAUAAAUGCUGAGACUGGAAACACAUGAUAUACUCAUCCAAUUAAAUGUAUGCAUUGAUAUAGAGGCAUAAUCUGAUAUUAACCAAACACAUACACAUCAAUUGCUCUAUCCUGUCAAUUAAAUACAUGAAGGAAGUCUGAGUUCACGUAAGUGGAGGAAAUAAGGAGCUGAAUUUUUUAAACAUAUAAUUUGUACAUGGAAGCCUUGCUAUGAAGAAGAAAUCACAAGAGGGCUAAUAUUGUAUUGGUGGCAUAUGGGGCGUGUCUGUAUCAAUUCAGUUACCCCCAGCCAAGGUGAAGGAUGAAUUCAAAACUGGGAUGUCAUCCUUAAACCUUUAGAGGUUUAUAUUAUGCAAAGGGACUUGGGAAACAACAGCCUUAGGUUGAGUCAGUUUGUUCAUUUACAGAGUAUUUGUCAAAUACUUUUUGGUACUUGGUCCUGUUCUAGAAGCUGAGGAUAUUGUGAUCAAAACAGAAAACCCACAGUCUCCUGCAGAGACCACUGACAUAAUAGGAUUAUCUUUAAGUGGUAUCUCUACACUCAACCUAAUUUAGCGAGAGGAUGUAUCUAUAGUAAGUACAAUGGAUGUGGAGUAAUUGGCUCAAGGGAAUAUGACAGUUUAUUGUUGAAGGAGCAUGUCAUUUGGGGGAUUGGAGAAGGACUUAAUAAUGGCAUUUAAGCACCAUGGAACACAAAAAGUUUUUUUAAAAUUUAUUUUAUUGAUAUAUAGUUGAUUUACAAUGUUGUGUUCAUUUCUGCUAUACAGCAAAGUGGUUCAGUUAUACAGAUAUAUACAUUCUUUUUCAUAUUCGUAUCCAUUCUGGUUUAUCACAGGAUAAUGAGUAUAGUUCCCUGUGCUCCACAGGAGGAUCUUGUUGUUUCAAAUAAGUUUUUUUUGAAAGGCCUAUUUAUCUCCACAAGGAGAUAAUAAAUUCCUUCAUUUUAGCGGCUUUCCUUAAAUUUUAAUGUUUUAAAAAAUGAAUGUAAGAUGAAAAACCAGUUCCUCAGUUGCACUAGCUACAUUUCAAGUGCUCAACGGUCAUGUGACUCAUGGCAGUAGAACUGGACAGCACAGACAGCAAAAUGGUGAGACAAUGGGAAAAUGCUCUACCAUCAUUUCCAUUGUACCAGAAAGUUAUAUUGGAGAGUGCUGGUUUCCAUGAUUUUCUGUUUCCCAGCACAAAGGGGAAAAAAACAAAAAAACAAACCAAAAUUCUUACCAUCUGUAGAUUUGGAAAGUGAAUGAAUAAACUAAUGGGCUAAUCAAAAUGCAGUCUGUCAGUGAAGAGAAUGACAGUUCUAAAGACCAAAAGUGACACCCUGAACAGUUUGAGAUUAGAGACUUAACUGAUUAUAAAGGGACGAAGCAGAAAAGGAAAAUGAUUCCUAGAAAAAAUAGAACAAAAUGUGAAAUGAGAGCCUUAUUCUUUAAGAAUGAUGGAGUGUACAAGGGAGUGGGGGGAGGUGAGAUCUUUUUGGAAUGUCUUGGAGAUGAAUCCUGACAUUUGUGAAGAGCCUAACACCUGUUGAGAAUUGCCAUUUAAAGAUCCUGGCUCCUCUGUGACAUGCUGAAUUGAGACAGGUGUCUUCUGUCUCCCUCAUUCCUUCCCACUGGACUCAAAGUGGGGUCUUUGCUUUCUCUUUUAUCCAAAGUUCUUUCCCGUGAUCCCACAAGGGCAUAAGAUCCCAGUUACAAACAGUGAGUCCUAUGCAUAGGAAGAGAAAUGGAAAUUUGUCAUGCUGUGGCCAACUCAGAAUUCAGUAGAAAUCCCCAGUUUGGGUAAUUUACUCCUCCAGAAACAUUUUAAAGCACCAUCACUGUGCAAAUCACUGUUUUACACAGUGAGGAAACAUCAGUGAAUAAAAUAGACAAAGAAACAGCCUUAAUGGUGGACCGUACAAUCUAGUGAAGGAGAGAGUGAAUGGAUUAUAAAAUGUCAGGAAGUGAUAAAUCCCACGGGGAGAAAUGAAGUCUAAUAAUAGAUAGUAAUUUACAGUAAUCUGUAGGUAGUAAUGAGGGCGAUUCCCCCUCCCCAAAGGAAGGCUUUUCUGGAUAUAAUUUGAGCCAAAACCGAAGUACUGAGGGGAAUCACCCUUCAUAAUAUUUGUAACCAGAGAACAUUCCAGGACUGUUCGUAAUAAUUGUCUAUGACAAGCUUUCUGCCUCAGAGUCUCUGAGAAACUUAAAAGAAUGCAGAUUCCUGAGUCACACCCCACACCUCCUAAACCAGAACCUCUGGGGCUGGAUUCCAGGACUCUGCAUUUUUAACAAGGGCCUGAUGCAUACCUACUUUUGAACAUAUUUGUCCUAAAUCCUGGGCUACCAUCCCCAUCACCACCCUCACAUUAUAAUGGAAUUGAUUCAGGGCAAAGUGUCUCCAGCAAAAAUCAGUCCUGAGGGCUCCAGUAACCAGACCCUGUGCUCCUCUCCACUUCCUGUCCUGUGACUCUCCACUUCCAGCCCAGGCAAGGUCAGGUGGGCUCACUCCUGGAACUGAUGUGUCGGGGCCCUGGGAUGGGCUGGCUGGGCUGCCCUGAGCUCUGAGGGCCGUGUGCUGAGCUCACCAUUCAGAACUUGGCAUCCCCAGGUGAAGGAGGCCCAGUGCAUGCCUAAGCCUCCUGCCACACCCAGGAUCCUUAUGAUUUCAAUAAAGAUCACCCUUCACCUUAAGUAGUGAUUAGGAGUGAGUGAUGAAGUCACACUGCCUGAUUUGAGUUCUGUCGUGCCGGCCCUGAGCUGUGUGCCUCAGCAAGUUACUCAGCCCACCUACGUCUCAGUUUAUCUUUAAAAUAGAAUCUGCCUCAGUAGGUUUGUUGUGAGAAGAUGUAGUUAAAUCAAUGCCUGCCAAGUGCAAUUAAUAACAGUAUUAGCAUCCGUCCUAGUGAGGGAGGAAUCCCUCUUUCCUCCUGUCUUCUGGGUCUCUCCUUCAUUCUUCUUCAUCUUUGACAAUCACUUUUUAAGUAAAGCUUUCCCUUAUCAUCAAGGUGCCCCAAUUUCUGGCACUCCGUAGAACUAUAUUCCUAUCCUUGUAAGUCAUUUGUAGACUUGCAGUUUUAUUUUUCCUGGGUUUAGAUAUGUAUUCCACAUCAAGGUUGGAUUGAAGUUGUUUGAAUAGGUCACACAGUCAUGUGAUUCAAAACUUAAAACUAUAUAAAAAGGUGCAUUUAUGAGUCUCACUUUUACCCUGUUCUCAGUUCGUUUUCCCUUGACCUUCUGCCUCCCACAGGUAAGUUUUAUUGACUCCCUCCAGUGUUUUUUUUUUGGCAGUACAAGCAAGUAGAUAUUAUUUUUUGUCCCUUUUCUUUCCAAAAAGCUGGCCAUUAUGUACAUUCUCUUGCACCUCUUGUUUUCACUGAACAGCACAGAACUUUGUAGGGAAUUGAGGAAGAGAAUACUGUAUCCUGCAAGCCAAAUUCAGUUAUUCUUUUAAUAGUCUGUUAUUGAAACCUUCUGUUCAAGUUUUUGUUUUGAGCACUGGGGAUACAAAAAUAUUACAGAGUUUCUCUCUGAGGAACUCAUAGUACAUUUUGGAGGGCAGUCAAGUUAGCAUAUUAUGAUGGUCUAGAAAGAAAUAAUCUUCAGUCAUCCCUUGUAUAGACAUAUUUUCUCUACUUUUCCUAUUGGAUGCCUUCUAUACCACAAUAUAGUUGCAACUUUAUAUUUAAUAACUAUUAUUGUUUUUGAGACUGACCUGGAAGGUGUCCCAGAAUGCUGUCUGAAGAACUGACAUCUAAGAUGACUCAUGAAAGAACAGCCAUAGUAAUUAAUACUCUCUCAUUGCUUCCCUGUGUGCCAAGGACUUCAGUAGAGGGAAAGUAUUUGCAAAUUCCUGGUAGCCAGUGAGACUUGUACAUGCAUUGGGAAUGAGCAGAAUAAUGUAAGAAUCAAGUGGAAGGCAGGGAGUAAUGGAAGAUUAUAAUGGAGAAUCUGUUUGGUGUUUGCUCAUAUAUAGCCUUAAAAGAAUUCUCUUGAGAUCUUGCUUUAGUCUGUAAUCGGUAUACUAAUUCAGAGUUUCAUGGAGGAUAUGAUGGGAAAAAAGGAGGUGGCUGGAGAGGCACCUACUUCUAGGGACCGGUGCGGUGGCAAAUUCAGUAGUAAUUCAGAUAAAUAGACUAAAGUAAUGAGGGCGAAUACAGGGAGUGAUUCAGGAGUUAUUUUUGAGACAGAAUUAACAGGAAUUGGUGGCCAGUGUGACAAUGACAUAUGUUUCGGCUUGAUCUUCUGACCUUUUCACAUCAACCUCCAGGAACCUAUAAUCCAGGUAACACAUCUCCUUUCUUGAUUUAUUGUAUAAUAGUGACUGCUAGAUGAGAAACAGAAUAAGGGAAAGUUCAGUCUAUAAGGGAGAAGGACUUCACAUUUAGAGUUGUGUAGUUUGAGGAAUUGCAAGACUGGAGCAGGCAGUAUGUUUUGAUGCUGUGUUAAUAAAAUCUUUGACUUCA